CUUGUCUCUAACCACCACUUGCAUUGACCAUGCCGCUCGCAUCGUCCGGGAUGCGUGCCCUAAAGCCUACGGGCGGGGGCAACGUCUUCCUGCAUACGAAUCACCAGGCCCAUACCGCCCGUUCAAUACACAUCCCGUCCUUCGUGCCCCGCCCCACCGCCAGCCAGAGCUCCUCGACCGCCCAAACGCUUUUCAAGCACACUCGUACGCUACUCUCGCGCUUUGUCGCACACCUCACAACACCCGGAACCCUGCGCGUACCUGGCGCGGCCCGCACACUGCAUCAUGGCGCGGCGCGCAUGCCGACGAUUCAACAGGGGCUUUCGUUAUCCGCGCGCAUGGCACUCGCACGCCCAUUGCGUGCACCGCACCUGCCUCGUGUGCCUGCCGUACCUCAGCGCAUGAAUCAAGUCGGACUCGGCCUUGCUCGCAACUUCUCGCCCGCGCGCCCGGUGUUCCAGAAUUUGGUGGAGAAUGUUCCCGUGAGCGGACGCGCACUCUGGGAGGCCGACUGGGACGUGAAGAUGCAGAAGGAGAAGGAGCGCACGCUGAAGAAGUAUGUGAAGGAGAAGGCAGCGAAGAAGGCGCGUAAGGAGAGACUACAACCUCGCGCGGAGAAGAAGGCGCUCACCACUGAGGAAGUGCGCGAGGCCGAGAUGAACCACUACUUCCCUGAAGCCCCUAAGGAGGACGUGAUCACCCACCUCCUCAUCCCCCUUGCACCAACUCAGAGCUCCCGGGUCCCCCUGCCCAUCGACUCGCCGCUGUCGUCUGCUACUCACCCACUUCUCCCCCUCUCGAUCCUUGGCAACAUCCAUUCUAUGCACGGUACCCAGACACUGCGUGUGUCCUCGCUCUUUGCACGUUUGGAUGCUGCACGUGUCUUCGAGCUCCCCGAAGUCCACUGUGAAGCGCUCGGCGAUCUCAGCGGACUCUGCACUUUACUGGAGAUCACAUUCGACGGGUGGGAUGAAGCGUGCGUGAGGAGUGUGCUCGGUGAGGCUGGCAAAGGUUGGUGCGUUAUUGAAGAGGUCAGAAAGGACAAAGAGGCGGAAGAGAAACAGAGGAUAGAAGACAUCCUCGAGACCAUGAGCAGCGACGGAGAGGCUAGCUGGUCGGACGUGGAAGGAGGCCAUGUCGACCCCGCGCGGUCCCUGGUUCUGCCGACGUUGGACUUUUCGGCUUCUUUCACUGCCGCCACUCAGUCACAUCCGCCGUCGUUCCCCGUCUUCCCUCCGUCGUCUUUGGUGUCUCCAUUCUCCGAUAUUGAGUUCCACAACGCAUGGUCCACCGUUGAACGGGUGCGCGACGACGACAUCUUUAGCGACGAGGAAUCUCUCGACUUGGCGUCGGAAGUGAGCUGGGCCGAGAGCGAGCUUAGUACAGCGUCGAUCUUGCACGUCCCCGACCAGGCGGGCAUGUCUGAUGGAUGGUUUGGAGUCGGCUUCAGCUCGAGUUUCGCGGGCAGGAUGCGAGAGUCCGAGGGGCCUAAUGAAGCCAUGUUUUAAUAGUCCUUGUCGUUAACCGGAACCCAUAGGGGCCGUAUCACCCUCGUUGUAUUUUUUAUGUUGCCUGCUGUGGAAUAUAUGCACUUUGUGACAUC